AUGAGUAUCUCGAAAUUAUUCUUCGCAACAAUAAGAAAAGUAAAAUCUGUCUUAUUAUUAACUAUUACAAUUUCAACUUUAUUUUAUUAUACGUUUCAAAAUGAAAUUGAUAUUUUGAAUUCGUACGCAGAAAAUGAAUAUUUACCAUCAAUUAAUAAUGAGCAUAUAGAACAUUCAACGGCUCAAACUUCCGAAUUGAUUUCAAAUCUUAAAUCAAUCAACAACAACAACAAUAAUAAUAAUAAUCCCGUCGAUGAAGAGCAAGAAACUGUCAUUAGUAAUAAAAUUAGCAUAGAUUUAACUGAUCCCCUUGUGCUAAAGGAAAAAAACAAGUAUUUCCCACUUUGGUUGAAAUCUCCAAUAUUGGAUCCAACUACAAAAUUAGAUCUGGAUGAUGUCGAGUUAUCAAGACAAGAUUUAAUUAAUUUUAAAGAAAAAUAUCCGUUGAUGUAUGAAAUUAGUUUAUCUUCAUUCUAUCGUCAUUCCACAAUGACAACACUCACGACUUCGAACGAAGACGAGAAAAAUUCAAACACUGUACAAUUAUAUUCAAAUCGUAUAGAAACGAGAAGUUAUGUGGACGAUAGAGAAGAAAUUCGUACGAUUUUGUUGAAAUCUUGGGACCAACAGAAAUUACAUCUGUUAUCGAUUGAUCAUGGAUCGACUUGGCCCAUCGAUGAAGUCGAUUCAAUGGAUACUUUGUUUCUAAUGGGUGAAACUUUAUUAUUUCAAAAAAUUUUAAAUACAGUCACGACAACAGAUUUUAAAGUCCCGCCAAUGACAAUGGAAAUUAUUGAUAUUGUAGAUUUAUCAACAAGAUUACUUGGUGGUUUAUUAUCAGCUUAUGAACUCUCUGAGGAUAAAAUAUUGUUGACAAAGGCUAAAGAUUUAGCAGAUUUCUUAUUAAGAGCAUUCGAUACUCCGAAUAGAGUCGGACUUUUGCAGUAUUCUUGGAAGACACCCUUUAAGAAUAGAUUUGCCUAUAUGGAUGCAUCGAUUGCAGAUUUAAUUAAAAUGAGUUCAGAAUUUACAAGAUUGACUCAAUUAACAGGAUCCAACAAAUAUUUUAAUACAAUGUUCCACCUAUUAAUUAUGUCAAUUCAAUCAACAGAAUAUUUAACCAUUGAAUCAAUUUUCCCGGAUUUGAUUGAUGCAUCUACUUGUUCUUUGGUGACUAAUGAAGAUGUUCAAAAAGGUGAUCAUCAACGUGAUUCAAGAAUAAUGAAAAGUAUUGAUGAAAAUUUAAAAUUUAUUCAUUGUCAUCAAUUGACUUAUUUCCCAGAGUCUUCAUCAAUUUAUAAAUUAGAUUCAAAUUUAUUACCACUUUAUGAUACUCUAUUACAAUUAUAUGCUUUGACACAAACUGAUUUAUUGGAACCUUCAGAUAGGACUUCAAUGAAUUCUUCAUAUUUUUAUCAUUCUGCAAUGGAACAAAUGGAUAAAUUUUUCAAAUUUCAACCAAUGCAUCCACAAGGUGAAUUGGAGGAUUUAAUAGUAAUGAGUAAUUUGAAUGCAAAUCCAAUAUUUUCACCAUCAACAAAUGAUUUAGCAAUACAGUUAAGAAGAGAUUUUAAAUUUCAUCCCGAAUCCUGUGUCCUGGGGGCAACUUUAUCAUAUGGUUCUAAAUUGUUCCCAAAAAAUAUUAACAAUGAUAAUGAAAUGAAAUUGGCUGAUCAAUUGACUUCGAGUUGUUUCAAAUUAGCAAUGAGUCAAGAUGGUGCAUUAGCAGAAUUAUCAUUGGAUCCCUGUAUCACUAGAGAUUGUAUCUUUAACCAGGAUGAUAAAUUGAAAGAUAUUAAAGACGGCAGGUACGUCGGAUUUGAAAAUGGAUUCCCUAAGGAUACUGUAGUAGAAUUGAUGAAGACAGAUACAAAUACAAACAAGAAAAUAAAGAGAUCAAUUAUUGAUUCAUCAAAGGAAAUGCUUAAAGAAGUUAUUAAUAUGAAAUCAACUAAAAAUGGCAUUAAUAAUGACAUUAAUAAUGACAUUAAUAAUGAAAAAAUCGUUCCAUCAUCAACUGAAAUCGAUAAUGAAGAAUCAACUAAUAUGGAUGACACUAUUACUAAAUCAUUUCAUUUCAUUGACGAUGAAACUUUUAUGAAUAUUCAUCUGUCGGAUGAAGAUAUUGACAAAACUGCAAAAACUUGGAAAAAUCAUCCAGAGAGACCAUUAUGGAUUAAUAGUGUCAGUAAUAGUACAUUGUUAUCACCAAAUUUAAUUAAAUCUAUCUUUUUCUUGUAUAGAACUACAGGCGAUGAAAAAUGGAGACAAAUGGGUAGUCAAUUGAAAGAUCAAAUAAUAGUUACAAUGGAAAAAAAUAAUAUGGGUGCUAAAGGAACUUGGAAAAUUGCAGACUUAAAGAAAAAAAGUGUUCCUUUACCUAGUUAUUGGUUCUCUCAAACUUUAAAAUAUUAUUAUUUAUUAUUUAGUGAACCUUCAGAUUAUUCAUUAGAUGAAUAUAUUUAUACUGAAGGUGCGCAUUUGUUAAAGAGGCGUGUUGUAGAACCACCAACAAUGCGAGAUAAGGAACAAUUAUGA